UUCCUUCCAGUAGGCACUCCUACUUGGAAGAUGGUGAUACACUGCCAUGGCAGCUUCUCUAGUCUCGCACUCGGAGCUCAGCGUGACAGAAGAUUGACCUUUUUGCCCUGCGCUGCGCGCCGCGUCGGUCUCACAGCUUUGCUCCGCCCCUUGUCCACACCCGUUCUCUUGACAGCUGGGCUGUGCUUCGGAGCCGCGGCGAGGCCGAGAGUGCGCAGGCGCACCAGCCCUGCGCCGCGCUAGGCAGGCCUGGAGGGCGGGACGAGCGCCAGGGGCUCCCGGCUGCCGGGGCGCGCACGUAGGCACGUAGAGGCCGUCACGUGGGGCUCUGAGGAUCGCAGUGCGCGUGGCCGCGGCGGCUGGUGUGGGGUUGAGUCAGUUGUGAGAGCGGGAGCUGCUGACCCAGCGGGCGGCCCACCGAGCCAGCGAUACAGCGGCAGGUGUCGCGGCUCGGGAGACGCGAGCCUGGCCCCGUCCUAGAGCUCCGCAGAGCCGGCGCCGCCGUUGCCCCCGCCCCCAGCCAGCAAACCGCCGCCGCGGGCGCGCCCCCGCUCAGCGCUGUCUCUCCGAUGGCGUCCGCCGCCGGGGCCAUGGCGAAGCACGAGCAGAUCCUGGUCCUCGACCCGCCCACAGACCUCAAAUUCAAAGGCCCCUUUACAGAUGUAGUCACUACAAAUCUUAAAUUGCGAAAUCCAUCUGAUAGAAAAGUGUGUUUCAAAGUGAAGACUACAGCACCUCGCCGGUACUGUGUGAGGCCCAACAGUGGAAUUAUUGACCCAGGGUCGACUGUGACUGUUUCAGUAAUGCUACAGCCGUUUGACUAUGAUCCGAAUGAAAAGAGUAAACACAAGUUUAUGGUACAGACAAUUUUUGCUCCACCAAACACUUCAGAUAUGGAAGCUGUGUGGAAAGAGGCAAAACCUGAUGAAUUAAUGGACUCCAAAUUGAGAUGUGUAUUUGAAAUGCCCAAUGAAAACGAUAAAUUGGGUAUAACUCCACCAGGGAUUGCUUCGACUGCCACUGCAAUGAGCAGCAUCAACAACACAAUUGCAACAUCUGCCAAUUAUCACACGAAGAAUGACCCCAGGGGACUCAAUGUGUUCAAACAGGAGAAGCAGAAGAAUGAUAUGGAACCUAGCAAAGCUGUUCCACUGAAUGCAUCUAAACAAGAUGGACCCAUGCCAAAACCGCACAGUGUUUCACUCAAUGAUACUGAAACAAGGAAAUUAAUGGAAGAGUGUAAAAGACUUCAGGGAGAAAUGAUGAAGCUAUCAGAAGAAAAUCGACACCUGAGAGAUGAAGGUUUAAGGCUCAGAAAGGUAGCACAUUCGGAUAAACCUGGAUCAACCUCAGCUGCAUCCUUCAGAGAUAAUGUCACCAGUCCUCUUCCUUCACUUCUUGUUGUAAUUGCAGCCAUUUUCAUUGGAUUCUUUCUAGGGAAAUUCAUCUUGUAGAGUGAAGCAUGCAGAGUGCUAUUUCUUUUUUUUUCUCUCGACCAGAAAAAGAUUUGUUUACCUACCAUUUCAUUGGUAGUAUGGCCCGCGGUGACCAUUUUUUUGUGUGUACAGCGUCAUAUAGGCUUUGCCUUUAAUGAUCUCUCACGGUUAGAAAACACAAUAAAAACAAACUGUUCGGCUAUUGGACAAAUUGUAUAUUACCAGAUCAUCACUAGCAGAUGUCAGUUGCACAUUCAGUCCUUUAUGAAAUUCAUAAAUAAAGAAUUGUUCUUUCUUUGUGGUUUUAUUAAGAGUUCAAGAAUUGUUCAGAGUCUUGUAAAUGUUAUUUUAAUAAUCCCUUUAAAUUUUAUCUGUUGCUGUUACCUCUUGAAAUAUGAUUUAUUUAGAUUGCUAAUCCCACUCAUUCAGGAAAUGCCAAGAGGUAUUCUGUGGGGAAAUGGUGCCUCUUACAGUGUAAAUUUUCUCCUUUACCUUUGCUAAUAUCAUGGCAGAAUUUUUCUUAUCCCUUGUGAGGCAGUUGUUGACUGAGUUUUCAUCCUUACAAUCCUGUCCCAUGGUAUUUAACAUAAAAAAAAAUAAAACUGUUAACAGAUUCUUGCUCG